AUGGCACCUCCCGUCUCUCCCCGUCGUACACGCACUAAAAAUCCGACUCAGCGCCCUGGACUUGUGCUUCUCGAAGGUCAGAAGAAGCGAUGUACCAAAGCUCAAAUCGCACAGGACAAACAGGACACCCUGGAAGCGCAGGCCAUCAAGGAAGCUGCUCUGCAGCGUGGAAUUGAUCGGAUCGCGCGCAUUGAGGCUGCCAUGGAGGUGGAGCAGGCAACUCAGGCGACCGAGAGGCCAAAACCAGUAAAGUUGCGGGCUAAACCAGUGAAGACAAAGGCAAGCGCGCAAGGUGCAACUAGUCAUCACACCAAGGAUAAUGAAGUUGGUGGUGUGGGUGUGGGUGCAGGUAGCGAUAAGGUGAUUGGAAAUGAGGAGGUUGUGAAUGAAGCAGUGAAGAUAAAGAAAAAGAAGAAGGUCAACCCUACCAUAUCGCAGAAGGCACCUGAUAGCGACAAGAAAGGAAAUCUUAACCUGUCAGUAUUUUGUCUUCUCACCACCAUGAUAUUGAUGCUCACAGAGUCCACGCUUCAUUUCAUGACCCUUACUUGGGCACUCAGCAACAGAAAAUAUAAUCUGACGGGCAAGAUCAAUAAUUGGCACACUCACCUCGAACCUGAAUCAAAACCAGCCGCAAUCCCCUCCUCUGCUCCCAGCAUUCAAGUUGAAACUGUUUCUGGCGACUCUUUCGGUAUUUCAUCGACAAGGACAAGCCAAACUGUUGCAACCACAGUCUCACUUGCGAAAGAUCCUCCUCUUUCCUUGAUGGACUCCUCCGAGACUUCACAAGCUCUCACAUCGGAUGACGAUAAGGAUGAAGGUGGAGAUGAAGACCCCAGUGAAGUUGCCGACAAGGAUGAUGACGACGAAGACGACUAUUUCAAAGAGCGCUUGUCGUCUCUCAAGGGAAAGGGGGGGAUGCAGAGUGUUGUAGCAAUCACUGGAGAGAUCACUGAAUCUUCGGAGGAUGAAACUCCCGAAGUACCAGUGUCGACACUGUUCAAUUUGUUGCCAUUCACUCAACAAGCUAACAUUGUACAAUUCACUCUAGAACAGGCUCGGUCAACUCAUACCGUCAGUUCCAUGAAGAGGCCAAUUGAUUCAGUCGAUCUUAUCGGCUCAUCUGAAGACUUGGACGCCACUGACAAGUAUAAUCCAAAUGCAUCUUUUGAUGUCAUGUCUCCCGAGGUUGAGCCGUCUCCUAAGCCAGUGCCGCGCAUCACUUCAAAGACUAGUGUAACAGUCCACGGGAACCCAAACCCACCCAAGAAAGCCAAGUUAGAACCCACCUCCCAGAUUACAAGCAUUCCAGCGUUAUCUGAGCCAGAUUUGAUGUCUGCUGAUACCAUGACGAGGCCAAAAGGGGGAACCCAAUGGCGAAAAACUGAUCUCCCCCCAAUUAUGUUGGUGGAUGGCAUAUGGCGAAGGUCUUUUAUGCCCACUGUUUUGCUGUGGGCAGGUGCUCAGCCCAACUUCUGGUCCAUGGAGACCGAGAACUUACUUCCAGCGCUCCAGGCCAUUUUUGAUGUCGCUUAUCCAGGAACUCAUCAUAACGUCCAACCAAAAGGCCCCAUUAUCGGUCUGGUCAAUCAGCGCAUUAGCUCCUGGCGCAGUAAUUUUGGAUCCACGUCCGUGGCCCUCGUUGCAAAUUUUCUGGCUACUUCCAAAGACAAUGAGGAUGAAGACGACGACGACGCCGACUUUGAGAAAACACUGGCAGCAAGCCUCCUUGAGGAGUGGGCCUUCCUUUACAAAGAUCUGGAGGCUCUGACCCAAACCAGAUCUACCAGUCCACAUUUAUGUUGGAAAUGA